CACACACACACACACACACACACACACAUACACACUCCUCCCUCAGUCCUUCCAGCCACGCACACACAGUGUCAGCGCCGCCGUGAAUGCAGCGGGCAGGACAGCGCACAGCUGCCCGGGAUUUCUCCAACUACUCCGUUAAAGUGUGCGGAUCGGACGGUGAGCGACACGGAGGGAGAGAAAGAGAGAGAAGAGAGAAAGAGAGAGAAGAGAGAAGAGUCCUGAGAAAACGAGGCGAGGCCACAUUUGUUCCGGUUUUUAUUUUAUUUUUUUUCUCGCUGUGUAGCCGGAGGACAGAGAGGAUGAUGAUGAAGAGCAAACUCUGCGCUGCUCUUUGCGCGCUGCUGCUCGUCAUUAACUUGGGAUCAGCUGAACAUGUGAGUGGCGGUGGUGAGACGGCUCCCGAGGCUCCAGCUGCAGGGCCUGUGCCCGUCCCCAGCCCGUCACCGAGCGGCACCGACGCAAAUUCAAGUUCAAGAGUCAACAGCAGUUUGAGCAGCAACACAACCACAGAAGGGAAAAAUGUCUCUGUGACGGCCGGAACAAAGAAACUUAAUGGGACCAACACUGUUGCUCCCACAGAGGCUGCAGGUCCUGAAAAGAAUCAAACAGACCAGAUGACGGCGCAGCCUACGAUCCCUCCGUCUGGGACCCAGGCCUCCGCCUCUCCCACCCCACUUACCUCCACCACCACCACCACCACCAGCCCCACAAGUGCAAAUCCCACCACCGCCGUAGACGAUUCUACGACCACCACGCCACCUACAAACACAUCGCACCCAGCCGAAAUUCCCCUUCCCGACUCCACUGCACCGUCAAACACCUCUUCGACUACCGUAGCAACACCUGAGCCACCAAAGUCUGAAACUACCGCUAGUACCACCACUACCGCCCUCGUCACCCAGCCCACAUCAACAUCCAGCACCAGCUCCACUCAAGGGCCCCUCAAUACCGAGUCGCAUACCGAGACGCUCACAUCUUUACGUCCCGAGGAACACCCUGAGACCUCCACCGUAGCCCGGCAGAAGACUACCGUCCUCCCGUCGAGCAGCACCUCCGCACAGGCCAAACCCCACGCCGACCCCUCCCAGCUCAACGACACGACGAUGGUACAUAACACUCCGACAUUAGACCCCCUACUGGCUGGCCUGGUGUCAGCCUUCAUCAUCACGGCUGUCAUCAUCACUCUGCUCCUCUUCCUCAAGCUGCGCCGGAGAGACAACCGGCCGGAGUUCCGCAGGCUGCAGGAUCUACCUAUGGACGACAUGAUGGAAGACACGCCAUUGUCCAUGUACAGCUACUGAUGGAGGCACGACUGAAGCUUUUGGUGCCCAAACACCCUCUUUGAAUCCAGGCUCGCGCUGCAGCGGCUGUCGAACCUGGUCUCUCGUCCUUAAUGUGCACCGAACAGAAAGAAUUCUGGGUAGGUGUGAGCAAAUUUCUGGAUUGCAUCCAUUUAUCUACAUCAGUGACAUGUAGGAAAAGACAUGAUUGAAGCUGCAAUGGACAAUGAAGAUAUCGCCCACGUUGGGGUCGUUUUGGCUAUAUUGGUGUCUGUGAUUACAAAUUAGGCCGACGGCCCGGUUUAAUACUGUAUGCUUCGUAUUUUUCAGCCCAUAUUUUGGGGUAUGGGUGUUGUGUAAUAUGUUGUGAUUUCCCUUGAGUUGAAAAGGUUAGUUGUAAAGCAGGAGGCCACAUCAUUAGUCGUAUCCAUCAUUUGGAUGGCUCGCACCUGGAUACAGAUUCAACCUGCCCUGCCAGAUUCUCCCCUGGGGGCACUCGUCUCACUGCCCUGUAAUCAGUUCAAGGAGACCUAUUAUGCUCUUUCAGUUUUUUUCCUUUCUGUCAGUAUAGGUUCUUGUGUAUGUGAAAAAAAUCUUGAAAGUUAAAAAGCCCAAAAUCUGCGUCACUAGGAGUUCCUCUCUCCCACAGAAAACACUGCUCCCGAGGUGCCUCAAACUCCUCGUCAAUAGUCUCGGCUUCAAUUCUGUGACAUUGUGACAUCACAGUACAUCACCAUGUCACACAUUUAAAUAGUUUAUGCCUAUAUUCAUGAUAACAGUGAAGCAAACUGGAGUGCAGAAAAUCCGGUGCUGGCUCAGGCGUGUGUGAGCUGACCAAUCAGAGCACACUGAUUAUUCAGGAGUAACACUUUUCAGGAUGUAACUCUAUUCUAGUAGUGACCCGAAAUAAAAUUAUGAACCUGAAAUUGAGAAUAAUACGUCUCCUUUGAGGUGAGACAGUCUGGAGAUCUGACAGAGAAAAGAAAUGAACAUAACAAACGGCCUGAUUCUAAAGAGUGUUAAAGAGGUUGCACUUUAAUUUGUCAGGGGUGAGAAAAAUGGACAAAUAUUUUUGUGUAUGAGAUUUUGUGCAUAUGUCAGUGCAGGCAUUAAAGCGUGUGUGUUUGUAGGUGUGUGAAUCUGUUAAGGGGCGUGUGUAUGGAUUCUUGAAGGCAUGGCAGGGGUUAUUUAAGUGUUUUCUCUUUUUUUGUUGUUGUUUCUACUUCUCUGUUGAAGGUUCUGCUGUCUUUUGGCCUGAUUUUUACAUGUGCAGUAUGUGUUUUUUGUUUGUUUCUUUUCUUUUUUUUGUGUCUUGAGUCCUGCAGAGAGUGCCUUAGAUAGUUAGAGGAACAGCUCUUAUUGUAUGCUGUAUUUACAGUAUACUCAAACCCAAAAAACUUUCCGAUUUACCCCCAUCUAAAACACACUCUGGGGCCGGGUAGCUGCACUGACUUGCCUGCGUUUGGAGACUAGCCUUGAGCGUGAACACCAUCAAGAGGCACUCAUUCAUACAAUGACAGGUGCAGACUGAACUGGGCCAGUGGCUGGUACACACAAUGUUAGCAUUGUCCUGUGUGUUGUAAAUACUACUGAAGAUUGCACCAUGCAAAGACAACGUCAUGAAACUCGCCAUCUUAGUUGCUGCUUUAGUGUUCUGUUACAGCACGGGGUUCUCUCAGCGGGGGCAAGUUCACAAACACUGCAGUUACUUCACUGUGCAUCAGCCUCGCUGUGUGUUUGCCCUGCAGAUCUGCAGGAAAAUGUGAGAGGAAGUAAGAUGCUUACAAAACCACAGAAGAACCCACGUUGGUAUCAAAUCAAUUGGCUUUCGUACGCAAUUUCAUCACUGUACCAUAAAAAAAAACAAACAGACAGGCCACAAAGUAAGGGAAAAUAACAGAAAGUUAUUCUCUCAGUUGUUCCCUUUGUUGCCUGUACUUCCAGUUCUAUAUUGUAUUGUUGGGAUGAUCUUGGUGUUAAAAACUGUAUGUGUCCUGACUGCAUAAUGAGGCCUCGCUGCCAGAUGUGGAUUAUUGGACUCUGUGUUUUAUGAUUAAAGUAUUUUGAAACCA